CAUGAUUGAGGCUGACGUACAUCUUGAACCCCAUCCAGAUUCUCCUGACUCCUGAGAGAGAGAGAGAGAGAGAGAGAGAGAGAGAGAGAGAGAGAGAGAGAGAAGGGAUAAUGCUCGGCCCUCUCCCGCUGCGGAGGAAGACGCCGCCAUGAAUAACGUCACCGUUCUCGACAUCAUCGAGUCGGCGAGUCCCGCCACCACGCCGGCGGGUCCGCACCCGUAUCCCCUCGGCUUCCAGGUGUCUGUCAGCGGAUUCCUGGCGCUGGAGAUCGUGUUGGGUCUCAGCAGUAACCUGACCGUCCUGGUGCUCUACUGCACCAAAUCCAACCUGGUGAAUUCCGUCAGCAACAUCGUCACCAUGAACCUCCAUGUGCUGGACGUGCUGGUGUGCAUCUGCUGCAUCCCGCUCACCAUCGCCGUGCUGAUGCUGUCGCUGCGGGGAGACACCAUUCUCGUCUGCUGCUUCCACGAGGCCUGCGUGUCGUUCACCAGCGUCGCCACGGCCGCCAACGUCCUGGCCGUAACUUUGGACCGAUACGACAUCUCCAUCAAACCGGCCAAUCGCGUGCUGACUACGGGGCGGGCGGCGGCUCUGUUGGGUUGCAUCUGGGUUCUGUCGUUCGUCAGCUUCCUGGUGCCGUUCGUCGAAGUGGGCUUCCUGGGAGCGGAGGCCACCGCAGCCAAUCAGACCACCGUGUUCCACGUUAACGAGUAUUACACCGAACUGGGUCUCUACUACCACCUGGUGGCUCAGAUACCCAUUUUCUGUCUGACAGCCGUCAUCAUGUUGGUGACCUACGCCAAGAUCCUGCAGGCGCUCAACAUCCGCAUCGGCUCGCGCUUCCACACCGCGCAGAAGAAGAAGACGAGGAGGAAAAAGAACUUCUCGCUCGUGGCCACGUCCGAACGGCAGCUGCCCGAGAUGGCGGACGGCGGAAGCCGCGGGAACCCGCCGCUGGCCAUGCGCACGUCCGUCUCCGUCAUCAUCGCCCUGCGGCGGGCUGUCAAACGCCACCGGGAGCGGCGAGAACGGCAGAAGCGCGUCUUCCGCAUGUCGCUGCUCAUCGUCUCCACCUUCCUCUUCUGCUGGACGCCCAUCACCGUUUUAAACGCUGUGAUCCUCAGCGCCGGUCCCAGCGACCUCAACGUCAAACUCCGGCUGGGAUUCCUGGCCAUGGCGUACGGCACCACGGUCUUCCAUCCUCUACUCUACGCCUUCACCAGACAGAAGUUCCAGAAGGUUCUGAAAAGUCAACUGAAGAAACGGGGGGUGUCCACCGUCGAGGCCGAUCCGCUGCCGAACAGCGCCGUCAUACGGAACUCCUGGAUCGACCCCAAACGGAAUAAAAAGGUGACGUUGGACGAUCACGAAGCCAGACAGAAAUGUCUGUCCUCAGAAGACGCCGACUGUUAGAAGACACUGUUAACCCGCUCACCAUGCCAAUCAAACAUUCAGUUACUAUUUAUAAAAAACUGUGCCAUAUUAUAAUGCUAUAGCUUGCAUAGAAGAUGCAUGUGUGUUAAUACACAAACUCAGAUUUGUCUAUAGUCUUUAUCACAUGUAGCCUGUGUAGACUGUGUAUAUUUGCAAUAAAGCUGCGAGAAAUCGACCUCCUGU